GAGGAGGAGGAGGAGGAGGAGAAGUGGGGUCGUUAGCGGGACGUUUUCCCUCCUCUGCUUCACUCUCUCCAUCCUGUCACGGUGUGAGCCUCAUCCUCCACGAUACACCACCACCACCACCACCUCCUCCUCCUCGCUCUCCACUCGUGCAGGCAACCGCAAGGACGUCCUCCUCCUCCUCAUCUUCCGACUCUUCCUCUCCCUUCUUCUUCCAGUGCAGACGAUGCGAGCAACGAGCUACUAGGACAACUUCUUCUUCCUCCUCUUUUCCUUGUGAAUCGCAGAUCUCGGGACUUCUACUCAUCUGCCACCUUUGAAUGUGACAUUGCUCUGAGCAGCCAGGGAAUAAAAAGCCAUCACCAGCAUGAAUUUCGUUAUGAAACAAGCGUUGGGAGGGGCCACCAAGGACAUGGGCAAGAUGUUAGGCGGCGAGGAGGAGAAAGACCCUGAUGCCCAGAAAAAGGAGGAGGAGAGGCAAGAAGCACUGAGGCAACAAGAGGAAGAACGGAAAGCCAAGUAUGCCAGAAUGGAGGCAGAGAGGGAAAACAUCCGGCAGGGCAUCAGGGACAAGUACGGCAUCAAGAAGAAAGAAGAGAAGGAGGCGGAGGCAGCGGCCGCCAUGGAGCAGGCCUCAGAGGGCAGCCUAACGCGCCCCAAGAAGGCGGUGCCCACCGGCUGUGGCGAAGAGGAGGAGGAGGAGAGCAUCGUGGACACGGUGAUGAAGUUCAUCCCAGCACCGCUCAUGGAUAUGUUCAACAAGAAGUAACGUCGCCUCGCUUACGACCACCUCCUCCACCCUUCCUCCCUCCUCACACCCUGCUCUUCUUCCACUGCUGUGACAUGGCGUAAUGUUGGUCACAAAAUGGCUAGUUAUAUGUACUGUCUGCCACUUAUUAAUUUGUAAAAAUAGACAUCAUUAUCACCCCCAUUAUGCCCACUUUAAUUUGUAAAUAGUCUGGUGAUACAUGACAAAUAAUUCUAUAUAUAUAAAAUAUGUAUAUGACAUAUAACCAGAUGGAUAGAUGAGUACAAGCCAUAUUUUUAACUUUGAAGAAUAUAUCCAAAUCAUUUUUUGGUUCUUUUAUGUUAAGAUUUGAUACAUGGGGGGGGUGGGGGGGAUCCUCUCUGUGACGUA